AUGGAGUUCCCUGAGCCUCACAUCCAUCCUCCACGUGAGAACCACACCCAUACAGCCAUUUUUUUACAUGGCCGGGGAAGCACUGGCCCGGAAUUUUGUAAUGACCUCUUCACCUCCUUGACUUCAAAUCUGAAGAACCUACCAGACAACCUCCCAAGCUGGCGCUGGGUGUUUCCAACUGCCAAGACGCGUUUCAGUUCGAGGUUCCAAGAAGACCAAUCCGCUUGGUUCGAUGUCUGGUCUAUUGACAACAUUGAAGAGCAACAGGAACUAUCGGUGGAAGGACUAAAGGAAUCAGUCUCUUACAUCUUGAAACUACUCGCUGAUGAGAUCGAGCGAGUCGACGGAGAUGCUAGUCGUGUUUUUCUCUGCGGGAUUAGUCAAGGCAUGGCAACCACCCUCUGGACUUUCUUUUGCGCUGCUGGGCAGAUCAAUCAACCUCUUGGAGGGAUAAUUGGGUUCUGCGGCUGGCUGCCCUUUUCUCACAAGGCAGAAGACUUGACACGGCGGCAACAGGCGAUGGAACUCUUACAACAAAAUGGCACCAACCAGUCCUUGAUGGAGCACAGUACCCUUGAUAACAAGCGACAGAUGUCCAAAUUGUUUCGCGACAUUAUUGACGAUCCUGGCCUCCCUGAAAUUGAUGCGUCCACGGAUAUUUCUAUCCUGUCAACCCCAGUGCUUCUAAGUCAUGGGAGAGAUGACCCGGUGGUGUCUAUUCGGCUAGGUCAUCAGGCAUCCAGAAUCCUGAAACAUCUGGAGGUGCCGAUGGAAUGGCAUUAUUACAGUGGUGCCGAGGCCAAUGGACACUGGAUCAAGGAACCCCAAGGGUUUGAUCAAAUCAUUGAAUUUAUCGAGAAACAGCUCCAUCGUGGCGAGUGA